CUAUGACUGAGGUGGAUCUGCUAGGAGUGGCUCCUCGCUGCAUAGAGGGAGGCACUUUUCACACUCUGUUUUGGAAUGAGAAGUUAAAUUCAUGAGCACACAUGAUUUAGAAGACAUGGGCUGUGGCACUUCGUCUUCAAGGAAAGACAGGAAAUCUGAGAAAGUGCUAAAAGCCGCGUUGGUCAUCCAGAACUGGUACCGAAGCUACUGUGCUCGGUGGAAGGCCAGACAGCGCUAUGCCCUCACCAUCUUCCAGUCUAUCGAAUAUGCUGACGAACAAGGCCAACUGCAGCUAUCCAAUUUCUUUUCCUUCAUGUUGGAAAACUAUACACAUAUACACGAGAAAGACCCAGAAUUAGUUGCUCGACUUUUUGGUAGCACCCUCCAGGACUGCAAGGAUAGACAGGAGUAUGUCUCAUUCAUAGACGUCCCAGACUCCUAUAAUGGUCCUCGGCUGCAAUUUCCUCUCACUUUUACUGACAUUGAUUUACUUGUUGAGGCCUUCAAGCAACAACAGAUACUUCAUGCUCAUUAUGUCUUAGAGGUGCUCUUUGAAACAAAGAGAGUCCUGAAGCAAAUGCCGAACUUCACUCACGUAAAAACUUCUCCCUCCAAAGAGUUAACAAUCUGUGGUGAUUUGCAUGGGAAACUGGAUGAUCUUUUUUUGAUCUUCUAUAAGAAUGGUCUUCCCUCAGGGAGCAACUCAUAUAUUUUUAAUGGUGAUUUUGUAGAUCGAGGAAAACAUUCCAUAGAGAUCCUAAUGAUCCUGUUUGUGAGUUUUCUUGUCUACCCCAAUGACCUGCACUUGAACAGAGGGAACCAUGAAGAUUUUAUGAUGAAUCUGAGGUAUGGCUUCACAAAAGAAAUUUUGCAUAAAUAUAAGAUGCAUGGAAAGAAAAUCUUACAAAUCUUAGAAGACGUCUAUACCUGGCUCCCAAUUGGUACAAUCAUUGACAAUGAAAUCCUGGUCAUACAUGGUGGGAUAUCAGAGUCCACAGACUUAAAUUUGCUCCACCGUAUAGAAAGAAACAAAAUGAAAUCUGUGCUGAUGCCACCAAUUCCCUUAGUUGAAGACCAUGAUACUGACUUGAAGACAAAUAAAGUAGGUGCAACUCUUAUAUCUCGGGAACUCAAAACAAAUGGAUCCCUUUCUGAGCAGUUAACAAAGCAUGAAUGGGAACAGGUUAUCGAUAUUCUGUGGAGUGAUCCCAGAGACAAGAGAGGCUGUUACCCAAACACAAGUCGAGGAGGGGGCUGCUAUUUUGGACCAGAUAUUACCUCCAAGGUUCUUAAUAAAUACCAGUUGAAGAUGCUCAUUAGGUCUCAUGAAUGUAAGCCCGAAGGGUAUGAAAUCUGCCACGAUGGGAAGGUUGUUACUGUAUUUUCUGCUUCUAAUUAUUAUGAAGAAGGCAGCAAUCGAGGAGCUUACAUCAAACUGUGUUGUGAUAUGACCCCUCGAUUUUUCCAGUACCAAGUAACUAGGACAACGUGCUCGAGGCCUCUUUACCAAAGGGUGAAUGUUAUUGAAAGUAGUGCCAUCAGGAUAUUGAAAGAGAGAAUGAUUUCACGAAAAACUGACCUCAUUCAUGCUUUCCAACUUCAAGACUGCAGUAAAUCAGGAAAACUUUCUAUGGGCCAGUGGGCUUUUUCCAUGGAGAACAUUUUGGGGCUGAACUUACCAUGGAGAUCACUGAGUUCUCAUCUGGUAACCACAGACAACAAUGGAAAUAUUAACUACAUGUCCAGCUUCCAGGAUAUCCACAUUCAGAAACCUGUGAAAGAGGUUCAGUCUACUCUAAUUGAAACUCUGUACAGAUACCGCACUGACCUGCAAAUCAUCUUCAAUGUCAUUGACUCUGAUCACUCAGGCCUGAUUUCCAUGGAAGAAUUUCGUGCCAUGUGGAAACUCUUCAAUAGUCACUACAGCAUUCAUAUUGAUGAUUUUCAAAUUGAUGAGCUCGCUGAAAGAAUGGACUUAAACAAAGAUGGAAGCAUUGACUUUAAUGAGUUUCUAAAGGCUUUCUAUGUAGUGCAUAAAUUGGAUAAGUUGAACAAAUCAGAUGGCAACUCUCCUUAACAAGAACUAGAGCUUUCCCUCCUGUAAACUCUUGGGCCCAAAUCACUGACGCCAUCUUUCCAGAACCCUUGUAAUUCAUAAUCAGUAGUAGAGAAAAGUAGACCCCCAUUCAUACCAUGAGCAGAUGUAUAAUGUGGGUUUCUGAAGUCCCCAUGAAGCAGUAAUUGGUAAAACUAGAUUAAAUGUCAGCUGAUAGGAUUUGGCUCCAGUGUUAGGACUCACACAUUGCCAGGUAGAAACUGGAUUUGAGCCUAGUGUUGGCCUCUUGGACCAGGAGACCAGAGCAGUUUGGAAACAUGUUGAAAGGAACCCACAGAGCACCAGAGAAAAGUGCAACAUGUGUGAGUGACAGAGGGAUGGGAGGAGGAAUAACAAACUAUUAAUGGAAUAAAAUAUGUCCAUCUUU